AUGUUCAAGCAGCUUCAGUCGUCUCUUCUGCUUGCUCUCAUUCUCUACACAUGCUUAACGCCUUCAAGAGGCUCGAGGAUUGCGAUAAUCCAACAACCCAUGGGGAAUGUUCUCAAAGGAAGGGCUUUGGCACAGCAGCCCGAGCUGCAAGUGGUUUUGAGCAGCACAUCAGAACUGUCGGUGGGAACGCCGAGACAGAGCUAUGUCAGCCUCGCUCUGAAUGCAGGAGAGACGCUCGAUGUCAACAACAACAAUGUCAUGAUCGUCUCCAUAUUUCAGAACCCCGUGGGCGCUAAUUUCUCUACUGGCUCGAACAAGAUCACGGUGACGCUCAAGGAAGGGGCGUUCAAGUUCACAGACCUUCUGAUCCUGCAAGGAGGAACAGGGUUCAGACUGAAGUUUGAGACACAUGACUCGUAUGGGAACCUCAUCGCUGUUGAGUCUGACUUGUUCGACUGUGGGGGUCAGGAUGCUCGCAUGCAUAUAGCUCAACAGCCGACGCUCAACGUGUUUGGGAGCUCGCAGCCUUGGAUCCCUCCUGUCCUGGAGAUUUUGGAUGGGACGGGAAGGAACCUCCUCUUGGCAGAGCCUGAGAUCUCUGUCUCAAUCUUCUCGGGGCCCAAAGGCGCUAACUUCUCGAGCGACUCGCUGCUGUCCGUGAGGGCCUCUCAGGGACGAGCCGCCUUUGAGAGCCUGUGGGUCACUAAAGCUGCCACGUUGCUCGACCCGCGUAUCACCUCCUACCUGGAGCCAGUCGUCAAUGUCUUCUACGUAUUGAAGUUCUCCUCGCCAGGGUAUGUGGAUGUGUACUCCUCUGAGUUCGAAGUGCUGCCAAUCUUGGCUGUAGAACGUGAACCGGUUUCUGAUCACGAAAAAGUUGUCACCUCCAAGUGUUCGGGGCCUGUUUCUGGUUGCUACAUCAACUUUACAGACUACCUUGGGAUGUACACCGAACUCAACGGCUCGGCCUCGUCUUCUGCUUGGAAGCUUCAGUCAGCAAAGCUGAGCGUGUCCGUAUCGUGUACGGAUCUCGAUGGUCCUGGGGAGUACGUCUCGUAUGUGACUGUUGGCUCCCGCAUGCUUCAGAGAGGCAUCGAGUAUACUCCUGGACCCUGGGCUGGAUGCGCCUUUGCAGGCUGCAGGUCGCAGUGCGCGAGCAACACGAGGCUGGUCGUGUCAGAUCUGGAUGUUCUCUCGGACCUGGGGCACAUAGAUGCCUCCGCUCAGCUGUACGUAAGCGAUGGGCGCAAGUUGAGUGUGAAACUCGCCCUGACGGAUGCGGUCAACGUCUGUGAGUGCGACGGUUCGUUGUUGGUGGCCAACGCGACUCUCCGAUUCACCUACUCCAUCUCGCAGUACGAGCAAGAUCUGCCCCUCAGGCAACAACCUGUGAUCAGCCUGCGCAACGGGGAUGGGACGCUCUACGGCCUGAUGCCUCUGAUAGUGUCGGUGAACCUCUCCUACUCCGAGAGCGGCGCCUUGCUGCUAGGAUCUCGCAUGCAGACAAGUUCCAACUCCCUCGCAAGUUUCACAGACCUCAAGGUAACGGAGGCGGGCCCGGGCAACCAGCUCCUCUUCUACAUCGUGGGGACCAAGAACAGCUCGCGAGUUGAAGUCGUGGAGGCUUCUCCCUUCAACAUCGGCACGGGGACACUGCCUGCCCUCUCUCUGUCCUGCACGCGCGGAUGUUCCGAGCCAAAAGUUUCGAUCACACCGUACGUGACAUUCUCGCAGCAGCCGGUGUUGGAGCUGCAAAAGUUUGUGGGAGGUCAGUGGAUUAUAGCUCAGUCAAACUUGCCCGUGCGAGUGGAGGUCGGGGAGGGCAAGGGAGUGGCUCAGCUUGCUUGGUUCUCGUCUUCUGUGGUCCGUGCUGAUCAAGGAAAGGUCCGUUACGUGGACUUGGCUGUAUAUAACGGUGGAUGCCUCCAGCAGCCGACCAGGUUAGUGUUUCUCUGCAAUGGCAACUCAAUUGUCUCUUCUCCUUUCCUCAUCAUCGACGACAACUUGAGCCCGACGUUUGCCGUGGCUGACCCGGCCAACGGAUCCUUUAUAGGAGCCGUGCUGUGGUCCACCAAUUUCCUCUUCGAUAUCAACAUCACGGAUCGCAAUGUAUACACAGUCAAGAAUCAGAGCUACAGUGACCAGCUGUCGGUGUACGUCUGGGGGAACAAGACCUGGCUCGAUCAAUUCUGUUCCUGGCAAUCUUGUCCCCUCGCCAACCGUACUUGUGUCCUGCUCGGAGCUUCCAAUGAUCGGGAUGCGAAUGACGUGACUAGCAGCGUAGCAUGGAAAUUUCAAAAUUCAAUUCCCCAGCUGUCGCUAAAGCCCUCCGCCUACUGUACCUCUAACAAGCCCGCCAACGGGUCUGCUUGGGGCAUCAAGUUUCCCGUUCAAUUCUCACCGCGCUGCGCCAACUCAGCAACCAACUUUCCGAGUGACGGGGGGAAGUCAACGGUCUGCAUACAGGGGUCGGAUACGAUUACGUCCAUAGACAACCCCAACUUGGAGGUCAGAACCUUCGGCGAGCAGCGAUGCGUCGAGAUCGAAACUCGAAGCCCCGUCGCUCCUUACUUCGUCCAACCCACUCACUUUGACGUCUUGCAAGCCAAGAUAAAAGGAACGUACCUAGACGGCGAGAUCGGGCUCACUCCUACGCCGACGGUCUCGUUCCCUUCCUUCGACGUCGGUGUCGGUUGCGUACUGCACGUUCCUAUCGAAGUGAAGAACGACGAGCGUAAGUUCCAGAAGCCGUGCCAGGCCCCUCAGGACCCUAAGGCAGGAAAUGCUUCGAUAAGCUCUCAGCUGCGAGCUAAGAUCUAUCGCGUUUACCGGACGUCGCUCUACCAGCAGCAGGAAGCGCCCUUCGACGUGCUACCUGGCCCAACGCUAAUUGCCAAUCCAAGCUCGAACCCCUACACGACAGCACUGCAGUGGCAGCCGGCUCGAGGUCAGGAGGGGUUCGUCUACUCCAUCUGCCUCUCCAUCCAAGUCGACUUGAGCUCCUCCGACUUGAGCGAGAGCUGCCAGCAAGAGUUCUACACGGCUCCCUUCCUCGGCCACCCUUCCCAGUACUGCAUCACAGUCAAUGUCGAGCGAUGCAGGUACUGCGUGCAGGACGGGGACAGCAUGGAGACGGUGGCGAGGGACUGGGGGUCGUCGAUCCUCCAGCUGUGGGGCGGCAACUCGAUCUUCUCCCCCGCCUACCUCGAAUCCCAGCAGAAGAUCUUCUUGGGGCCCGUCUACACCGUAGGGCCUGAUGAGACCCUUCCAGAGGUGGCACUCAAGUGA